GAAGAAAAUGUUGUGUGAAUAAUUCCCGAUUUCUACUGAAUUAGAUUCAAUUCUUUACUGAAGGUUACAUCAAAAUGGACCCCUUCACCCAGAAAUUGUUGGACCGUACCCGCCAGCGUCGAGCAGACCUGGCGAAGAAGAUGAAGGGAAGCAAUCCAGCAAAGAGGUCACCUGAACCCCUGCAGGAAAACACCAAUGAGAAUUUUCAGGAGACUUCUGAUGAUAUAAGUCCAGUAAAGCGACACUGUUUCCGUCAGAAUGAAUCGGACAUCAAGCCAGAUACACCAGCAAUACAAGGCGUUCAUUCACGAUUGAAAACAUUGGUGAAGCAGAGAGUUGCCUGGGAUGGAGGUGAUGAAGAUAGUGCUCCCUCCCCAAUCUUGAAGUCCAAGGACCCAACACCACCUUCCCGCCCAUCGCGUCCUUCCAUCGGUGCCAGGAAGAGCCGAUUUGCUGCCCUUGCCAAGGAUAUCAACGGCUGGGAGGAUGACCUUGAUCACCCGAUGAUUAAGACAACUGAAGAAAAACCAACUAAAGUCUGGAAACCUCCACAGCCGAGAGAAGACAAUAGUCCAGUCCCUUCCAAACCGCCACGGACAUUCUUACACGACAGAUCCCCGGCUAGUUCCCCUGUUCAUUCAUCAAGUGAUCAGAACUUGGUGCCCAGCGUUCAGAGCCCAAAUCGGUUCCCUCGACGAAAUGAACCACCUUCACGUGAGCGAUUUGCUUCCCCGACUAAAGGCAGUCCUGUCAGAAAUUCACCGAGAUUGGCUGGGAGUGGUGGAAGUUUUAUUUCUGAAGCCACACUGAAGGUCAGCACCAAGAAAAAGGAAAACAUGGAUGAGAAACCAGCAAAGAAUCCUGUUACGUCACGUUUGGGGAUGUGGGAAAAACGUGUUCAGAAUACGCCUCCUAGUCCAGGUCACAAAGAUACAUUGGAUGAGAGUGAGGAACCUACAAAGAAGUCUGUGAAUGCACGUAUGGCGGCUUGGGCCCAGAAAACCAGUGCCGAGGUGAAGUAUGUACCUCAAAAACCUGUCACAUCAAAGAUGAGUUUCUGUGAUGCCAUAGCUUCCCGUGCCAAACAAUACCAAGAGGUAAGGACACCACAACAUGUUCCAAAAUCUCCCAAAGAGAUCUUGUCACCCAGCGCUCACGAGGGGCUCCAGGGACUGCAGGAGAAGUUGUUCACCAAGACGCACGAUGGUUGGAAGGAGAAUGAUAUCGCUGAGAAGUGUAAGACGAUGAGAGAGAAAGACAUGGAGGUUCUACGUAACAGAUGGAAGAGUGGUCUGAAGGAGGAGGAUUAUACUGUCAGCUCAACCCCGAUACAGCGGGAUCUAGAUGCCGAUGAUUUCAAUGUGCCUCCCCGCGCACCGUUGCCAGCGACUGACAUUUACAAGAGGGGGCUGGUCAUCCCUAAACAAGCGGUCGGACCAGAACCAGUGGCGCCUCCUCGCAGUAAUGGAAACAAACGCAAAAUCACCAAGGAGGAAUCGAAAGAGCAGAAGCGAUCAGAAUUUGAAGGCAAGCUGGCUGCGAUGGGAUUUGAGAUGGGCACAGGAACGAACAGUCCCAUGAAGAAAUGUGCAAAGACCCGGCACAGCAGUGAAGAGGAUGCCGUACAUCGUCUGAAUCAAGCUGCCACGGGAAUGAAAGCGAGGCACCAGAGCGACCAGUCACACAUCAAGUUAAAUCCCGUCACAGAGGAACCUGUCACACGUAGCCAUGGUAACCAAGUGCAGGCGACGCCAGCCCAAGAAUUCAAUGAUGAGACACCACAUAGACCAGGUGGUGGAGAGAUACCCGCCCAUCAUAAGAUCUGGACGAGGGUGAAGACCUUUAAUGCUGGCAAAGAUGCUGCUCUUCCUCAGCGGGAGAAACAUGAAAGUGAGAUGGUGGCGAUGAACAACCAAUGUGAGAGUGAUCCAGAUGACGACGCAGAGAACACCAAGGGUUCAACCUCAUCUACCACGGUGGUCGAAAAGGGUGACAAUUUCACAUGCGAGACUACUGUCACUGUCAACAGUAAAGCAGAUGCCAGCAAGACGGUCACGAUUCAGCGUAAGAUUCAAAUGGAUCCUGGAUCUCAGGAUGAGGAGGAAUCUCUGCAGACAGAAACCACAAGUCAAGAUUCUGAAAACUACCAUCAAUCUGAGAGUGAUUUCUCCGAGGAUGAUGAGUUCUUACACCAGAGGAAGCCGAGUCAUCAUCACCAGGCAUCUGAUUGGAGUGACCAGCAGUCAUCAGUGACGUCGUCCCUCGGUGUCGAGCCACUCGGGUCAUCUGAUCGUGAUGGUGGAAUGGCAGAAUCCAUGGAGCAGAGGAUGAAUCAUUACUUGUCAACGAGUCAGACUCGCUACGAUCGGCCCGAGUACAGGAACACGUAUCAUACUCAAGUUAGCCAAUCAGAAGAAACAGAAGAGACCGGGUCAUAUGAUGGUGACAACUCGUCGGGAACUGACGACCUGUGCGCGGAGAUGGACGAUCUUCUUGAAGAAGACAGUGGGGACGAGGAUGACGAGAGCCUGCCACCAGUCGGUGCUUACAACUGCCGUACUCAGACACAAGCGUACAAGUCACCAUCCCCGAAGAAACAUGCCGAGAAACAGAUUGUGUAUAAUGUUGAUAUGUACCGGUCGACACGUGGCCAAAGGAAUCAGCCAGCACCCAAAAUGACGAUUGUGCGACGUGACCAGCAUGGGACAUCACCGUCAGAAUCUCGGGAUGAGAUGCCAUACAUUCCCGAGAAAAGUGCCCGCCAGAAAAUACAGGAGCUCCACGACCUGGUGAAACAAGAACAAAGCGUCAUCAUACAGACUAGUAACGCCCUCAACAAGUGCUGCAGUAAAAACUCCUCAUUCGCUGGAUCACUGGAGCAGGUGGAGUGUAACAGAGUGUUACUGAUUGCCUGUCAGAAACGGCAAGCGUACAUUGAAGAAAUCGAACGAUUGAAGAAGGUUCCUGUGACACCAAAGACAGACGGCUGUAAGGGCUCUCUUACCAUCAGUGACAUCAGGCUUCCACUCAAGAAAGACUUCCUCAACAAGAUGCAGACACGACAUGAUACUGCUGUUCAUUUCUUCAUGUGCGUCCUGAAGAACGGACCCCACAUCCUGGUCACCCAGAUGGUGUCAACGCAUGACGGUGGGAUGAAGGGCGUGUUGGAAAUGCCCAACAUGUUUAGGAUCAACGAACUGAAGAGCGACUUUCAGUUUAAUCUCGACAUCUAUGGUAUGAGUGUUAUCCGGGAGGCUGAGCCUGAAAAGAAGAAAGGACGAUUCACGCCAAAGAAAAUCUUUGGGAAAGGCAAAGGUUCUAGUCAGACUCCAGAUCAUGCAUCUGGUGCCAUGUCCGUGAGGACAACUAACUUCUCUCUGAUUGCAUCUGUGCCGAUUACGUUACGCUCUAUUCAUAAUGUGACAUUCACUCUACAAAGGGUGCCAUUCCUGAGUCCACUGCAGGGUCUUGUUCAUAUGAAACUACGAUGUGUGCUCGAUACAAAUGUGGAAGAAAGAGGCUUCUUGACGAUGUUUGAGGAUGUGACAGGUCUGGGCAACUGGUAUCGCCGGUGGUGUGUGCUCGCCAACAAUCAAAUACGAUACUGGAAGUACCCUGAUGAUGAAUACAGGAAGGAUCCCAUGGGUGUCAUUAACCUGAAGAACUGUGUCACAGAGCAUGUUGGAAUCAUCCCGCGCGAUAUCUGUGCACGUCCCAACACGUUUGAGCUGAAUGUCGUUCGGCCACAGAGAAGUGGGGACAAAAACACCCUGGUCAGCUGGAGUUACGAUACGAUGACUUCAAUCAAGCACAUGCUCUCUGCUGACACGAAAGAUGACCGAGUUCUCUGGUGUGGCAAACUGAACCAAGCGCUGAAGAAUAUCCGCACUUGGCAGUCGGAUGCCUUACAGCCACUCAGGCAGCCCAAGAGAGUUCUCUAAAACACGUCAACUCACCAACAGGUUUUUGUCUUGGACACGAUUGCAUUCUCAAUGUAUACUGCUAACUUAAGUGCUUAUAUCUUUUGUUGUUUUCCUCAGUUACUAUCAUUAGAUAGAGCCAUGAACGAGCACCCUGAGGCCAGGGUUAUGCUUGGACUAAUGCCUUCAGGAGGACAGAACAUGUAGUCUUUUUGUAAUAGUUAUAUCUAUGAAUAAUGUAUAGGAACAUAUAUGCAUCACCUCUGUAAAUAUUGUAUAGAUACAGGGGCACCUUCGACUGAACAUUUCAAAUUCUGACUAAAUCUCCAACUCUCAAACCGUAGGUUCCGUC